GGUGGACUCAGGACUUCACUCCACCGCACUGGUGAACUCGGAGUGGAUUUUCCUCCCUGGGCAGCUAGGAAAUCGGCAGCAUGAAGUGGAUGGUGGUAGCUCUGCUCUGCCUCCCGCUCCUGGAGGCGUCCGUGUUCAGAGUCCCCCUGAAAAGGCUUAAGACGAUCCGAGAGACCCUGAAGGACAAGGGCUUACUGGGCGAGUUCCUGAAGACUCACAAGUACGACCCUGCCCGCAAGUACCGCAUCAACAACUUCGAUGACUUCAGCGUGCUCUUUGAGCCGGUGUCCUACAUGAACGCUGCUUACUUUGGCGAGAUCAGCAUCGGCACUCCACCCCAGAACUUCCUGGUCCUUUUCGACACGGGCUCCUCUAACCUCUGGGUGCCCUCUAUCUACUGCCAGAGCGAGGCGUGCACCACCCACCCCCGCUUCAACCCCAGCCAGUCCUCCACCUACACCACCAGCGGACAGACCUUCUCCCUGCAGUACGGCACCGGCAGCCUCACUGGCUUCUUCGGCUAUGACACUAUGACCGUCCAGAACAUCCAGGUCCCCAACCAGGAGUUCGGCCUGAGUGAGAAUGAGCCAGGUUACACCUUUGUCUACGCAAAGUUCGAUGGCAUCAUGGGUCUGGCCUACCCUGGCCUGGCUGCUGGAGGUGCCACCACCGCCUUGCAGGGCAUGCUGCAGGAGGGCGCCCUUUCCAACCCCCUCUUCAGCGUCUACCUGGGCAGCAAGGAGGGCUCUGACGGAGGAGCGGUCAUCUUUGGGGGUGUGGACGAGAGCCUGUACACGGGGGACAUCUACUGGGCCCCCGUCACGCGGGAACUCUACUGGCAGAUUGACCUUGAGGAGUUCUUUGUUGGGGACCAGGCGUCUGGCUGGUGCUCCCAGGGCUGCCAAGGCAUCGUGGACACAGGCACCUCUCUGCUCACCGUCCCCAAGAAUUACCUGAGCACGCUCAUGGCAGCCAUAGGUGCCCAGGAGAGCGAGUACGGAGAGUAUUUGGUGAACUGCAACAACGUCGGGAGCCUGCCCACCCUCAAGUUCCUCAUCAAUGGUGUGGAGUUUCCUCUGCAGCCCUCCGCCUACAUCAUAGAAGAGGAUGGCUUCUGCACCGUGGGCAUCCAGACCAUCGACCUCACCUCCUCGGAUGGCCAGCCCUUUUGGAUCCUCGGAGAUGUCUUCCUCAGGUCCUACUAUUCCAUCUUCGACCUGGCCAACAACAGGGUGGGCUUUGCCACCGCCGUCUAGACUUCCUGCCUGGACACCUGGGCGCCCUUCCUCCUCCCCGCUCCCCCCACCACCUCA